CUUCACCCCCAUUCGAGACCGCAUUGGCAGCGGCGAAUCCAGCUGCCCAGCCAAUGUCCACAGGCAAGGCUCCUUCGCGCUGAGCUUAGGUGGAUCAGAUCGUGACCACAUACCAGGCUUCGCCGAAGAGGGCGACGGGGUUCUGACCGUGUUCGCGUCUGUUCUGGCUUCACGUUCUCUGCAUCUGGCGUUGCUUCCAGUGUCAAUCGCAGGCCAAAGUCGUCUCAUCAUGACGUCGCGCCAUCGGCUACUUCGGACGGACUAUCUCCGUCCCUCGCCCGCCUAAACAGGACCAUAUUUCACUCCGCGCUACUGCAAUCCGUCGAAACACGACUACAGUACAGAGCAUGAAUCACGGCCGGCGGGUAGGCACCCGAGCCGUUGAUGGCCAGGGCCUUUAGCUAUUCAGCGAGCCGGUACGCCUCCACUCGCCCUCCUCCGAUGACCGAAGGGCCAAAUGCGGCAUUCCCGCCCAAACCCCAUAUUCCCGUCUCAUCCUAGUUCAGGCAUUCCUCCUCCCAAGACUGCAUCGGCAUGCUUGGUCUCUCAGGGUCUCUGUGCGCCCUCUCACGGCCCCGAAGACUCCGCACCGUCCUUGUCCUACGGCCACGGCCAGGGCAAGUUCGAUACCCGGGUUCCUCCACACGCUCCCGACAAGCGAAGGAGAAGGAGUCCUAAUUGGCAGGGUGCAUCCUACCCGUACUCCCGGGGACAUACAUCCGAAUGCCAUCAACUCUCUUCUCUGUCGCAUCGCCCGCUGACUCGAUAACUCCGUCUCGGCAUCAAACGCC